CUCGUGGCGCCUGCCUGGCAUGGGGCUCCGUUUGAGUGCAUUCAUGAGUCGUAUUUGCAGCGCAUUUGUCAGCCCCGCCUUGCAGCAAGUUGCUUGCGGACUGUCCCUUCCUCCGCUCAUUCGCCUAUAUAUCGCUUCCAGCACACCCUCGUCCCAUCGGCCCACCCAUGCUCCAUCGAUCAGCCCGCCUCUGACUCGACCGCCCACCAUGUCGCCCAUCUCCAAGAUUCCCACUCGCGCUCUCGGCCGCAACGGCCCUCAGGUCUCAUGUCUCGGCCUCGGAUGUAUGGGAAUGAGCGAGUUCUAUGGAGCCUCCAGUGAGGAAGAGUCCCUCCAGGUCCUCAACCGAGCGAUCGAUCUGGGCUGCACCUUCUGGGACACUGCCGAUGUAUACGGCCUUGGUGAGAACGAGAAGCUCCUGGCCAAGGUCCUGGCAACCCGCCGAGACGAGGUUUUCCUCUGCACCAAGUUCGGCAUCGUUCGCGAUCCUGUCACCAAGCAAUUCACCGGCGUUCGUGGAACUCCCGAAUAUGUCCGCAAGUCUUGCGAGGACUCUCUCGAGCGGCUCGGCGUCAAGACCAUUGAUCUCUACUACCAGCAUCGGCCCGAUGCCAGCGUGCCCAUCGAAGAUACCGUUCGCGCCAUGGCCGAGCUGGUGGCCGAGGGCAAGGUCCGUUACCUCGGCCUGAGCGAGUGCAACGCCGAGACCCUGCGCCGUGCCCACAAGGUUCACCCUAUUGCCGCAAUCCAGAUGGAGUUCAGUCCCUGGGUCCUUGAUAUUGAACAAAACGAUGUCCUCAAGACAGCCCGUGAGCUGGGAGUCGCUAUUGUCCCAUACAGCCCUCUUGGACGCGGGUUCCUGAGCGGACAGAUCAAGAGCAUCGACGACCUCGACGAGAACGAUUACAGACGAUUCAACCCCCGGUUCAUGGGCGACAAUUUUGCCAAGAACCUCGAGCUGGUGCGCAAGUUCGAGAGCUUGGCCAAGCAGAAGAACGUAACUUCAAGUCAGUACGUCCUUGCCUGGGUCCUGUCGCAAGGUAUCGACUUUAUUCCCAUCCCUGGAACCAAGCGCAUCAAGUACCUCGAAGAAAAUCUGGUUGCUGCCACCAUCACCAUCACACCCGAGGAGGACAAGGUCGUCCGCGAUCUGCUUUCGCAGUUCCCGGUCAGCGGCGCUCGUUACUACGUCAACGCCGCUGUCAUCAACAGCAGCGAUAGCUCGAAAAAGUAAUACCCCCAGGGCAUGUGUGCCGCAGAAGCUGCAAAGAAAUAGCAGCAGGGGCCAUCGCAUCUGCGGAUCGGCAUGCAAAGUGUCUGGCCAAAGAAGCAAUCAAGGGACGCACGAUCGGGCGUGCAUUGCAAUAUAUACUGAGUGUGCUCUGUGCGAUUGCAAUUGUGAUUACGACUCCGACUGCGACUGCGGCCACGGUUGCAACUGACCGUGCUCGAGAGCGGAGGACACCUAUGCAGCAUUCUGGCUGCGUUGGUAUGCGAAUUGAUGGAUUGUGGCGUCCAAUUGGAUCCCCGGCAGCUGGCGGUCUCCCCUUUGCCCCCGCCUCCGCGAUCAUUGUGGACGA